AUGCUUCUGGACAAAGAUACACUUUGCUUCUUCCUGAGGCUACUACCGCAGCAACUUUUGAACCCAAAAAAGACUCACAAAUGGCUGAUACCGAUAGUAGGAUCACUGGUAAUCAUGUACUUGCAGACAGUGUCUGUGGCGGUGUCGGUGCUGACGCUGACGUUCAUCAGCAUCGACCGCUGGUACGCCAUCUGCUUCCCGCUGCGCUUCAACUCCACCACCAACCGCGCCAAGACGGCCAUCGGCAUCAUCUGGUUUGUGUCGCUCGCCUUCGACAUCCCGGAGCUGGUGGUGCUGAGGGCCCGCGGCCGCGACUGGGACUCUGUGCUGCUGACGCAGUGCGAGAGCACCUGGAGCUACGACUCGGAGAUGGUGUUCCACGGCGCCAAGAGCCUGCUGCUGUACACGCUGCCGCUGCUCUUCAUGUCGGUCGCCUACUACCAGAUCGUGCGCGUCCUCUGGCGCUCCGACACCAUACCCGGACACGGCAGCAGCCGCAGCGGCGCGCUCAGCUCCAGCGCCAACGGCCGCGCCUACACCUCGUCCGGAAACUGCGGUACCCGGCGCAGCGCCAUGGGCGCCAACGCGGCCACCGAGGUGCAGCUGCGGUCGCGCCGCAAGGCGGCCAAGAUGCUGGUCGCCGUCGUCGUCAUGUUCGCGCUCUGCUACCUGCCCGUCCACCUGCUCAACAUCCUCAGGUACACGAUGGAUAUUCCACAGAACGACGCGACUAGCAUCAUUUCCAUGUUGGCGCACUGGCUGUGUUACGCCAACUCUGCCGUCAACCCCAUCAUCUACAACUUCAUGAGCGGCAAGUUCCGGCGCGAGUUCCGGCGCACGUUCGGGCUGUGGUGCUGGCGCGGGGGCGGCAACCGGCUGGGCCCGACGCGGGGGCGGGCGCGGCGCGGCGGCCGGCGCACGCCCGGCAGGCUGGCGGGGGCCAGCUACGCGUGCGCCGGCGCCGGCGCCUCCCCCGGCGCCGCCGGCAACUCGACCGUGGCGUACACGGGCCGCUUCACGGAGACGGUGCCGCUGCAGCAGACCGCCACGGCCACGGCUAACGCCAGCCACCUGCCGCCCGCCGUCGCCGCCGCCAUCGUCCGCAUCGACGACGUCGACUGA